UCUACUUCUAGGAGGAGGGCCGUGGAUAGAUGCACUGCCACCGUUUGCCAUUAGGGGUGCCCUCUGCAAGUCUUGGAACCAAACCAGUGCUCAGUUUUUACAACCUGCAACAGGGUAGUGGGGUUUCAUCAGCCAGUGGAAUCUGAGCACUGAGCAAGUAUAGUGCUGCAUACCAAGUGCUGAAAGGUUUCUGAGUGAACAAAAGUGGAAUGAAUGUGUAUUUUAAAGGCCAAUUGUUCCCAUUCAAAUCUGAGUUUGAAGGGAAAGAGGCCCAGACCUUGAGAUAAUUUUCAGUUCUGCUACUUGAAUAACAUCUUUGUUCCUCAAGUAGCAACAACUAAAACCAGCAAAGCCCUUCUGGAACUUCAGCUCAAACUAGCUGUGACUUAAUUUUCUUCAGAAAAGGAUCCAGACUGAAAUGUGAAUAUACUAGAUAAUGUUUCUGUUCUGUUUUUCCAUUUCGUACUACAGCUACAGAGACCAUUUUAUUGAAGGUUUCCAAAGUGUUCACUUGGUCACAAUCAAGAUAAUGGUAACACAUAUUUAAUGAAACCAUGCCCAAGUUCAAACAACGAAGAAGAAAGCUAAAAGCCAAAGCCAAAAGAUUAUUGAAAAAAACAGAAGCCUCCCACAUUCAGUCCAAGCUAAUUACACCUCCUCCUCCACCACCCUCACCAGAAAGAGUCAUUAUUUCUUCAACAGAUGUAUCUCAAAUCAGAAGCUGGCUAAGAUCAUCCUGGAACUUCAAAUUUCCUAACAUCAGAGGUGCAAUAAAACUUUGGACAAAUAGAGUAUGGUCUAUAUACAGCUUGUGUCAGAACUGCAUAACUCAGAGUUUAGAAGUAUUGAAAGACACCAUCUUUCCAUCUCGUAUCUGCCACCGAGAACUUUACAGUCUAAAACAACAGCUUUGCAUUUUGGAAAGUAGAUUAUGCAAGCUCCAGGAAGCCCUGAAGACUAUCUCAGAAAGUUCUUCCUGUCCAAGCUGUGGUCAAACGUGUCACAUGGGUAAACUUACAAAUGUGCCUGCCUGUGUUCUAAUCACCCCCGAAGACUCCAAAGCUGUGCUUCCUCCCACACUGCCACAGCCGACCAGCCAUCUUCCUCCUCCACCUCCACCUCCUCCUCCUCCUCCUCCUCCUCCACCACUUCCUCCACCACCACUAGCACCUGUGCUGCUCCGAAAACCCAGUCUCGCUAAAGCACUUCAGGCUGGACCAUUAAAAAAAGAUGGACCCAUGCAGAUAACAGUUAAAGAUCUGCUGACUGUAAAAUUAAAGAAGACACAGAGUUCAGAUGAAAGGAGGAAGAUUAUACCAUCGCCGAAGGCACGGAAUCCACUAGUUACUGUCUCUGACUUGCAGCGUGUUACCCUGAGACCUAACUCCAAAAUAUUAUCAACUCGAGUUACAAAUUUCUUAAUUACUCCUGGAAAAAGUCAGAUCGAUCUGCGGAAACUGCUUAGAAAAGUCGAUGUAGAGAGGAGCCCAGGUGGAACCCCUCUUACCAAUAAAGAAAAUAUGGAAACAGGAACAGGACUGACUCCAGUAAUGACACAGGCCUUAAGGAGAAAAUUUCAGCUGGCUCACCCUAGAAGCCCAACUUCAACUCUACCACUUUCUACAAGCAGCUUUGAUGAACAAAACUGAUGCCAACUCUGCCUGACUCCAUGUGACGAUCCGUAAAACAUACAAAUGAAAACACCCAGCUGAGUGCGGUGGCUCACACCUGUAAUCCCAGCACUUUGGGAGGCCCA